CGGCGCCUCCUCCUCACAGCCCCCCAGAGCAGCGGCGCCUCCUCCUCACAGCCCCCCAGAGCAGCGGCGCCUCCUCCUCACAGCCCCCCAGAGCAGCGGCGCCUCCUCCUCACAGCCCCCCAGAGCAGCGGCGCUUCCUCCUCACAGCCCCCCAGAGCAGCGGCGCCUCCUCCUCACAGCCCCCCAGAGCAGCGGCGCCUCCUCCUCACAGCCCCCCAGAGCAGCGGCGCCUCUCCCUCACAGCCCCCCAGAGCAGCGGCGCCUCCUCCUCACAGUCCCCAGAGCAGCGGCGCCUCCUCCUCACAGCCCGCCAGAGCAGCGGCGCCUCCUCCUCACAGCCCGCCGGAGCAGCGGCGCCUCCUCCUCACAGCCCCCCAGAGCAGCGGCGCCUCCUCCUCACAGCCCCCCAGAGCAGCGGCGCCUCCUCCUCACAACCCCCCAGAGCAGCGGCGCCUCCUCCUCACAGCCCCCCAGAGCAGUGGCGCCUCCUCCUCACAGCCCCCCAGAGCAGCGGCGCCUCCUCCUCACAGCCCCUCAAAGCAGCGGCGCCUCCUCCUCACAGCCCCCCAGAGCAGCGGCGCCUCCUCCUCACAGCCCCCCAGAGCAGCGGCGCCUCCUCCUCACAGCCCCCCAGAGCAGCGGCGCCUCCUCCUCACAGCCCCCCAGAGCAGCGGCGCCUCCUCCUCACAGCCCCCCAGAGCAGCGGCGCCUCUCCCUCACAGCCCCCCAGAAGCAGCGGCGCCUCUCCCUCACAGCCCCCCAGAGCAGCGGCGCCUCCUCCUCACAGUCCCCCAGAGCAGAGGCGCCUCCUCCUCACAGCCCCCCAGAGCAGCGGCGCCUCCUCCUCACAGCCCCCCAGAGCAGCGGCGCCUCUCCCUCACAGCCCCCCAGAGCAGCGGCGCCUCCUCCUCACAGCCCCCCAGAGCAGCGGCGCCUCCUCCUCACAGCUCCCCAGAGCAGUGGCGCCCCCUCCCCACAGCCCCCCAGAGCAGCGGCGCCUCCUCCUCACAGCCCCCCAGAGCAGCGGCGCCUCCUCCUCACAGCCCCCCAGAGAAGCGGCGCCUCCUCCUCACAGCCCCCCAGAGCAGCGGCGCCUCCUCCUCACAGCCCCCCCGAGCAGCGGCGCCUCCUCCUCACAGCCCCCCAGAGCAGCGGCGCCUCCUCCUCACAGCCCCCCAGAGCAGCGGCGCCUCCUCCUCACAGCCCCCCAGAGCAGCGGCGCCUCCUCCUCACAGCCCCCCAGAGCAGCGGCGCCUCCUCCUCACCGCCCCCCAGAGCAGUGGCGCCUCCUCCUCACAGCCCCCCAGAGAAGCGGCGCCUCCUCCUCACAGCCCCCCAGAGCAGCGGCGCCUCCUCCUUACAGCCCCCCAGAGCAGCGGCGCCUCCUCCUCACAGCCCCCCAGAGCAGCGGCGCCUCUCCUCACAGCCCCCCAGAGCAGCGGCGCCUCCUCCUCACAGCCCCCCAGAGCAGCGGCGCCUCCUCCUCACAGCCCCCCAGAGCAGCGGCGCCUCCUCCUCACAGCCCCCCAGAGCAGCGGCGCCUCCUCCUCACAGCCCCCCGAGCAGCGGCGCCUCCUCCUCACAGCCGGCGCCUCCUCCUCACAGCCCCCCAGAGCAGCAGCGCCUCCUCCUCACAGCCCCCCAGAGCAGCGGCGCCUCCUCCUCAUAGCCCCCCAGAGCAGCGGCGCCUCCUCCUCACAGCCGGCGCCUCCUCCUCACAGCCCCCCAGAGCAGCAGCGCCUCCUCACAGCCCCCCAGAGCAGCGGUGCCUCCUCCUCACAGCCCCCCAGAGCAGCGGCGCCUCCUCCUCACAGCCCCCAGAGCAGCGGCACCUCCCCCUCACAGCCCCCAGAGCAGCGGCGCCUCUCCCUCACAGCCCCCCAGAGCAGCGGCGCCUCCUCCUCACAGCCCCCCAGAGCAGCGGCGCCUCCUCCUCAUAGCCCCCCAGAGCAGCGGCGCCUCCUCCUCACAGCCCCCCAGAGCAGCGGCGCCUCCUCCUCACAGCCCCCAGAGCAGCGGCGCCUCCCCCUCACAGCCCCCCAGAGCAGCGGCGCCUCCUCCUCACAGCCCCCAGAGCAGCGGCGCCUCUCCCUCACAGCCCCCCAGAGCAGCGGCGCCUCCUCCUCACAGCCCCCCAUAGCAGCGGCGCCUCUCCCUCACAGCCCCCCAGAGCAGCGGCGCCUCUCCCUCACAGCCCCCCAGAGCAGCGGCGCCUCUCCUCACAGCCCCCCAGAGCAGCGGCGCCUCUCCUCACAGCCCCCAGAGCAGCGGCGCCUCUCCUUACAGCCCCCCAGAGCAGCGGCGCCUCCUCCUCACAGCCCCCCAGAGCAGCGGCGCCUCCUCCUCACAGCCCCCCAGAGCAGCGGCGCCUCCUCCUCACAGCCCCCCAGAGCAGCGGCGCCUCCUCCUCACAGCCCCCCAGAGCAGCGGCGCCUCCUCCUCACAGCCCCCCAGAGCAGCGGCGCCUCCUCCUCACAGCCCCCCAGAGCAGCGGCGCCUCCUCCUCACAGCCCCCCAGAGCAGCGGCGCUUCCUCCUCACAGCCCCCCAGAGCAGCGGCGCCUCCUCCUCACAGCCCCCCAGAGCAGCGGCGCCUCCUCCUCACAGCCCCCCAGAGCAGCGGCGCCUCUCCCUCACAGCCCCCCAGAGCAGCGGCGCCUCCUCCUCACAGUCCCCAGAGCAGCGGCGCCUCCUCCUCACAGCCCGCCAGAGCAGCGGCGCCUCCUCCUCACAGCCCGCCGGAGCAGCGGCGCCUCCUCCUCACAGCCCCCCAGAGCAGCGGCGCCUCCUCCUCACAGCCCCCCAGAGCAGCGGCGCCUCCUCCUCACAACCCCCCAGAGCAGCGGCGCCUCCUCCUCACAGCCCCCCAGAGCAGCGGCGCCUCCUCCUCACAGCCCCCCAGAGCAGCGGCGCCUCCUCCUCACAGCCCCUCAAAGCAGCGGCGCCUCCUCCUCACAGCCCCCCAGAGCAGCGGCGCCUCCUCCUCACAGCCCCCCAGAGCAGCGGCGCCUCCUCCUCACAGCCCCCCAGAGCAGCGGCGCCUCCUCCUCACAGCCCCCCAGAGCAGCGGCGCCUCCUCCUCACAGCCCCCCAGAGCAGCGGCGCCUCUCCCUCACAGCCCCCCAGACGGCGCCUCCUCCUCACAGUCCCCCAGAGCAGAGGCGCCUCCUCCUCACAGCCCCCCAGAGCAGCGGCGCCUCCUCCUCACAGCCCCCCAGAGCAGCGGCGCCUCUCCCUCACAGCCCCCCAGAGCAGCGGCGCCUCCUCCUCACAGCCCCCCAGAGCAGCGGCGCCUCCUCCUCACAGCUCCCCAGAGCAGUGGCGCCCCCUCCCCACAGCCCCCCAGAGCAGCGGCGCCUCCUCCUCACAGCCCCCCAGAGCAGCGGCGCCUCCUCCUCACAGCCCCCCAGAGAAGCGGCGCCUCCUCCUCACAGCCCCCCAGAGCAGCGGCGCCUCCUCCUCACAGCCCCCCCGAGCAGCGGCGCCUCCUCCUCACAGCCCCCCAGAGCAGCGGCGCCUCCUCCUCACAGCCCCCCAGAGCAGCGGCGCCUCCUCCUCACAGCCCCCCAGAGCAGCGGCGCCUCCUCCUCACAGCCCCCCAGAGCAGCGGCGCCUCCUCCUCACCGCCCCCCAGAGCAGUGGCGCCUCCUCCUCACAGCCCCCCAGAGAAGCGGCGCCUCCUCCUCACAGCCCCCCAGAGCAGCGGCGCCUCCUCCUUACAGCCCCCCAGAGCAGCGGCGCCUCCUCCUCACAGCCCCCCAGAGCAGCGGCGCCUCUCCUCACAGCCCCCCAGAGCAGCGGCGCCUCCUCCUCACAGCCCCCCAGAGCAGCGGCGCCUCCUCCUCACAGCCCCCCAGAGCAGCGGCGCCUCCUCCUCACAGCCCCCCAGAGCAGCGGCGCCUCCUCCUCACAGCCCCCCGAGCAGCGGCGCCUCCUCCUCACAGCCGGCGCCUCCUCCUCACAGCCCCCCAGAGCAGCAGCGCCUCCUCCUCACAGCCCCCCAGAGCAGCGGCGCCUCCUCCUCAUAGCCCCCCAGAGCAGCGGCGCCUCCUCCUCACAGCCGGCGCCUCCUCCUCACAGCCCCCCAGAGCAGCAGCGCCUCCUCACAGCCCCCCAGAGCAGCGGCGCCUCCUCCUCACAGCCCCCCAGAGCAGCGGCGCCUCCUCCUCACAGCCCCCAGAGCAGCGGCGCCUCCCCCUCACAGCCCCCAGAGCAGCGGCGCCUCUCCCUCACAGCCCCCCAGAGCAGCGGCGCCUCCUCCUCACAGCCCCCCAGAGCAGCGGCGCCUCCUCCUCAUAGCCCCCCAGAGCAGCGGCGCCUCCUCCUCACAGCCCCCCAGAGCAGCGGCGCCUCCUCCUCACAGCCCCCAGAGCAGCGGCGCCUCCCCCUCACAGCCCCCCAGAGCAGCGGCGCCUCCUCCUCACAGCCCCCAGAGCAGCGGCGCCUCUCCCUCACAGCCCCCCAGAGCAGCGGCGCCUCCUCCUCACAGCCCCCCAUAGCAGCGGCGCCUCUCCCUCACAGCCCCCCAGAGCAGCGGCGCCUCUCCCUCACAGCCCCCCAGAGCAGCGGCGCCUCUCCUCACAGCCCCCCAGAGCAGCGGCGCCUCUCCUCACAGCCCCCAGAGCAGCGGCGCCUCUCCUUACAGCCCCCCAGAGCAGCGGCGCCUCCUCCUCACAGCCCCCCAGAGCAGCGGCGCCUCCUCCUCACAGCCCCCCAGAGCAGCGGCACCUCCUCCUCACAGCCCCCAGAGCAGCGGCGCCUCCCCCUCAUAGCCCCCCAGAGCAGCGACGCCUCCUCCUCACAGCCCCCAGAGCAGCGGCGCCUCCCCCUCACAGCCCCCCAGAGCAGCGGCGCCUCCUCCUCACAGCCCCCCAGAGCAGCGGCGCCUCCCCCUCACAGCCCCCCAGAGCAGCGGCGCCUCCUCCUCACAGCCCCCCAGAGCAGCGGCGCCUCCUCCUCACAGCCCCCAGAGCAGCGGCGCCUCUCCCUCACAGCCCCCCAGAGCAGCGGCGCCUCCUCCUCACAGCCCCCCAGAGCAGCGGCGCCUCCUCCUCACAGCCCCCCAGAGAAGCGGCGCCUCCUCCUCACAGCCCCCCAGAGCAGCGGCGCCUCCUCCUCACAGCCCCCCCGAGCAGCGGCGCCUCCUCCUCACAGCCCCUCAGAGCAGCGGCGCCUCCUCCUCACAGCCCCCCAGAGCAGCGGCGCCUCCUCCUCACAGCCCCCCAGAGCAGCGGCGCCUCCUCCUCACAGCCCCCCAGAGCAGCGGCGCCUCCUCCUCACAGCCCCCAGAGCAGCGGCGCCUCUCCCUCACAGCCCCCCAGAGCAGCGGCGCCUCCUCCUCACAGCCCCUCAUAGCAGCGGCGCCUCUCCCUCACAGCCCCCCAGAGCAGCGGUGCCUCUCCCUCACAGCCCCCCAGAGCAGCGGCGCUUCCUCCUCACAGCCCCCCAGAUCAGCGGCGCCUCCUCCUCACAGCCCCCCAGAGCAGCGGCGCCUCCUCCUCACAGCCCCCAGAGCAGCGGCGCCUCUCCCUCACAGCCCCCUAGAGCAGCGGCGCCUCCUCCUCACAGCCCCCCAGAGCAGCGGCGCCUCCUCCUCACAGCCCCCCAGAGAAGCGGCGCCUCCUCCUCACAGCCCCCCAGAGCAGCGGCGCCUCCUCCUCACAGCCCCCCAGAGCAGCGGCGCCUCCUCCUCACAGCCCCCCGAGCAGCGGCGCCUCCUCCUCACAGCCCCUCAGAGCAGCGGCGCCUCCUCCUCACAGCCCCCCAGAGCAGCAGCGCCUCCUCCUCACAGCCCCCCAGAGCAGCGGCGCCUCCUCCUCAUAGCCCCCCAGAGCAGCGGCGCCUCCUCCUCACAGCCCCCCAGAGCAGCAGCGCCUCCUCCUCACAGCCCCCCAGAGCAGCGGCGCCUCCUCCUCACAGCCCCCCAGAGCAGCGGCGCCUCCUCCUCACAGCCCCCAGAGCAGCGGCGCCUCCCCCUCACAGCCCCCCAGAGCAGCGGCGCCUCUCCCUCACAGCCCCGCAGAGCAGCGGCGCCUCCUCCUCACAGCCCCCCAGAGCAGCGUCGCCUCCUCCUCACAGCCCCCCAGAGCAGCGGCGCCUCCUCCUCACAGCCCCCCAGAGCAGCGGCGCCUCCUCCUCACAGCCCCCCAGAGCAGCGGCGCCUCCUCCUCACAGCCCCCCAGAGCAGCGGCGCCUCCUCCUCACAGCCCCCCAGAGCAGCGGCGCCUCUCCCUCACAGCCCCCCGGAGCAGCGGCGCCUCUCCCUCACAGCCCCCCAGAGCAGCGGCGCCUCCUCCUCACAGCCCCCCAAGCAGCGGCGCCUCCUCCUCACAGCCCCCCAGAGCAGCGGCGCCUCCUCCUCACAGCCCCCCAGAGCAGCGGCGCCUCCUCCUCACAGCCCCCCAGAGCAGCGGCGCCUCCUCCUCACAGCCCCCCAGAGCAGCGGCGCCUCCUCCUCACAGCCCCCCAGAGCAGCGGCGCCUCCUCCUCACAGCCCCCCAGAGCAGCGGCGCCUCCUCCUCACAGCCCCCCAGAGCAGCGGCGCCUCCUCCUCACAGCCCCCCGAGCAGCGGCGCCUCCUCCUCACAGCCGGCGCCUCCUCCUCACAGCCCCCCAGAGCAGCAGCGCCUCCUCCUCACAGCCCCCCAGAGCAGCGGCGCCUCCUCCUCAUAGCCCCCUAGAGCAGCAGCGCCUCCUCCUCACAGCCGGCGCCUCCUCCUCACAGCCCCCCAGAGCAGCAGCGCCUCCUCACAGCCCCCCAGAGCAUCGGCGCCUCCUCCUCACAGCCCCCAGAGCAGCGGCGCCUCCCCCUCACAGCCCCCAGAGCAGUGGCGCCUCUCCCUCACAGCCCCCCAGAGCAGCGGCGCCUCCUCCUCACAGCCCCCCAGAGCAGCGGCGCCUCCUCCUCAUAGCCCCCCAGAGCAGCGGCGCCUCCUCCUCACAGCCCCCCAGAGCAGCGGCGCCUCCUCCUCACAGCCCCCAGAGCAGCGGCGCCUCCCCCUCACAGCCCCCCAGAGCAGCGGCGCCUCCUCCUCACAGCCCCCAGAGCAGCGGCGCCUCUCCUCACAGCCCCCCAGAGCAGCGGCGCCUCCUCCUCACAGCCCCCCAGAGCAGCGGCGCCUCCCCCUCACAGCCCCCCAGAGCAGCGGCGCCUCCUCCUCACAGCCCCCCAGAGCAGCGGCGCCUCCUCCUCACAGCCCCCAGAGCAGCGGCGCCUCUCCCUCACAGCCCCCCAGAGCAGCGGCGCCUCCUCCUCACAGCCCCCCAGAGCAGCGGCGCCUCCUCCUCACAGCCCCCCAGAGAAGCGGCGCCUCCUCCUCACAGCCCCCCAGAGCAGCGGCGCCUCCUCCUCACAGCCCCCCCGAGCAGCGGCGCCUCCUCCUCACAGCCCCUCAGAGCAGCGGCGCCUCCUCCUCACAGCCCCCCAGAGCAGCGGCGCCUCCUCCUCACAGCCCAGCCCCCCAGAGCAGCGGCGCCUCCUCCUCACAGCCCCCAGAGCAGCGGCGCCUCUCCCUCACAGCCCCCCAGAGCAGCGAUCAGCGGCGCCUCCUCCUCACAGCCCCCCAGAGCAGCGGCGCCUCCUCCUCACAGCCCCCAGAGCAGCGGCGCCUCUCCCUCACAGCCCCCUAGAGCAGCGGCGCCUCCUCCUCACAGCCCCCCAGAGCAGCGGCGCCUGGGGGCGUUCGUUCGUUCCGUCAAAUUGGACGAAGUUCAUCAUCUCUCCCGCAACUCCCUCGCGCACGCCUUUGUGUGCAAGCGCUGGUUCCGUCUCACGUGCCUCGCGCGCGUCUACCUCAAGGUUCCGCGCGCCGUGCACUCCGCGCAGCUUCUCUCCGCCGUAGACACAUUCCCGACAUUGUCACAACUCGAUAUAGCGGAGAACACCGUUCCGCACGCGACAGACGAACUCCUGCGCGGAAUUUCCGCGCGCUGCCCCAAUCUCACGCGCCUGCUCAUCGGGUACCAGUUCCGCGCGCGCUUCUCCCCCGCAGGGCUCUCCGCGCUCUUCCGCGGGUGCGCACGCCUGCAGCAGCUCCGCCUGUUCUCCCUCAGCGGGAUCUCCGCGCUACCCGCGUCCCUCACGCUCCUCUCCCAGCUAGAAGUGCUCGAGUUAGGGGACGACCCAGCCUGGCGCGGAUUGGAUACGUUCACGAAACUGAUUGAACCCGAUAUAAGCCUAGAUUCGUUAAGCUGUAUGAGGAAGCUGGUUGUGAGCAGUCGCUGCUUUGAGAGCCUGCCGUGGAGCAUCGGCGAGCUGACACGUUUGGAGCAUCUAGAAAUCCAUUCAGAGGUCCUUAGUUCGCUGCCCGGCAGUUUCGGGCAGCUAGGGUCGUUGGCGGUGCUGAAGCUCGAGGCCAAGUCUUUGGAGGAGCUGCCCGAGAGCCUGGGCAGGUUGAAAAACCUGCAGCGAUUGUGGCUGACAAACUGCGAGAGUCUGUCCAAACUUCCCGACUCGUUCGGGCAGCUUUCCAGCCUAUCCUUCCUCAGCAUACACCUCUGCGACCGGCUCCGGUCUCUCCCAGAAAGUUUCAGCUUCCUGCCCGCUUUGGAAACCCUAAAACUGCACGAGCUUUCGAGCCUGCGCACGCUGCCCGAACUCUUCGGGCACCUGCCGAAGCUGAGAAUCCUCGACAUGAGCACAUGCGGGGUGGUGCGCCUUCCCCUCUCCCUCUACCUCCUAGCCCGCUUGGAACGACUCAGCAUUGCAGCUUUCCCGGACCUCCCCCACGUGCCCCCCCUCACCGCGCAACUCCUCCCUCCACCACCCCGCCCGUCCCACGAAUCCCUUCCGCCUGGCACCGCCUCUGCAUCGCUUGCGCCUCCCUCCCCUUCCCAAGCGCCUUCGUCGGUUGCUCGGGGAGGCGUUUUUGGAGGAUCCUUUUCCGUCCCCCAUCAGAAUGUGAGUCAGGAGCAGGGGCAGGAUCAACAGAGGAGGGCGCGGCCUAUUGGGUUGCGUACUGGGUUGGGUGGGCGCAUGCAGGAAGAUGAGGAGGAGGAGGAGGAGGAGAGAGCGGAUGAGAUGCAGGAGGGGGUGGUGCAGCAGCAGCAGCAGCAGCAGCAGCAGCAGCAGCAAGAGGAAGGGAGGCCAUGGGAAGGGGGGGAACAGCAGGAGGGGAAUCUGGCAGGGAACUACUCCCACUGGAGUGCGCUGCCAGCUUCCCUUGGCGCACUGAAGAUGCUUAGCCACUUGGAGGUCACCUCGGAAAAAGUUUCUUCCCUGCCCGAAGAGAUCUGUGACCUGCCCCUGCUACAAGUGCUCUGGCUUAGACUGAGGAAAUUGAGUCAGCUGCCCGAGAGGAUGGGCAGCAUGGCCAGCCUUCAGCAGCUGCGGUUGAGGGACUGCACGUGUUUGGUGUCACUGCCCGACUCUUUCGGGCAGCUCAGAAUAGAACUUCUGGAGCUUCAUAACUGUGCAUCUCUCACCGCCCUUCCCCAAACUUUUGGGUCACUCUCCCAACUGCGGACCCUUCGCAUGAUCUGGGUGUAUCAUUUAUCCAACCUGCCCGACUCCUUCGGGCAGCUCUCAAACCUCCGUUACCUGGAGCUGGAGCAGUGCACGGCUCUUCGAGACCUGCCCGGGCCGGUCGACUCCCCUUGCCAAGGCCAGAUAUGGCUGCCCGCUCUCGAAAGCCUUCGUCUGGUGGGACUCCGCCAUCUGGACUCUCUCCCUCCACUCGGGCAGCUGAAAAACCUUCGCAGGCUGACCGUGUCACUUCUAUCGAAGCUUGAGGAGCUUCCUCCGUCUCUCUCCCUGCUCUCCAACCUGCAAACCCUAGUCAUCCAUGGCUGCUCGCAGAUCAAAUCCCUCCCUCGCAACGUCCCCUCCGCCCUGCCCUCCCUCUCCUCCCUCGCGAUUGUCUCCUGCCGCAACAUUAAAGAUGUGCAGUUUUCAUCCUUUAGUGAUGGAGCCAUGGAAGCAUGUGGUGCUGCCAGAGUCGCUGUGGUCGCUGCCAUCUGUUCAGUGUGUGCACCACUUCAAUCACAAGUGGAUGGGGAGUAA